AUGCAGCUGCCUUUCGAUGUGCCCAGUUGGGGUUCAGCUGCUUUGACGCGAGGCGACUUUGGAAGACAAGCACGUUGGCCAGCUGUUCCCACCACCCAACCAGCUGCCAUCCAAGUAUCCAUGAUGCUUGCCAUGGACACUGAAAGAUUCACAGGUCACCAGUCAUCACCCCAUGCACAGGCACAGAAGGUUAUUCGACGUGUGAAGAAACGGAAGCGCAGGAGACGCUGGUCAAUGGAGCAGGAGGGACCCGCUGCGGUGUCUCAGUUGUUGUGGGCUGCUGCUUCCAAUGGAGAUGUGCAUGCCCUCAAGCAAGCCCUGGAUGAUGGCGCCGACCCCCAGUGCACCCACGAACCUGACGGCCACACUGCCCUGACCAUCGCGGCUUUGAACGGCCACCUGAGGGUUGUGAAGGAGCUCAUUAACCACAAUGUGGAUCUGAACGACGUGGGCAAGUCGUGUGGCAUAACUGCACUGCUGGGAGCCUCCUUUGAGGGCAACCUGGAAGUCGUUGAGGCCUUGAUCGAGGCGAAGGCCGAUGUUAACAAGGCAGAGGACACCACGGGGGCCACGGCACUGUUUGCGGCGGCACAGGAGGGGUAUUUGGACAUCGUCAAGGCCCUGGUGAAGGCUGGUGCAGCCGUGGACAAGGCCAGGACGCUGGACGACGCCACCCCCUUGUUUGCCGCUUCAGCGUUGGACCGCCCAGCUGUGGUCAGGGUGCUCGUUGAGGCCGGGGCAGACGUGCACCGCAAGCGGGAGGGGAUUGGCGACACGCCCCUAACGGUUGCAUCAAGAGAGGGCCACCUAGACGUGGUGAAGAUCCUCGCCACUGUUAAAUACGCCGCAAAGUCGUCCUCGCUGCAGAGUGACAACGCAGGGGCGAUGAUUGGGGGCCAGCAGCAUGUUGAUCUGCUGGAGUCAGAGACGGGUUGUCGAAGGGACAUCGUGGAGGUGCGGCCUGUUGGCAGGGAACAGGCUGAGAGCAAGGCGCAGGUUGCACCUGAGGGGGAAUUGGAUGCCAGGCUGCAGCCGGAGGCAGAGAGAGGCUUGGGAAAGAAGGAUGGGGGUGAUGAGAACUGCAGUGACAUGAGGAUGGCACCUGAGCUGGAUGAUCAAGGGGAGGUGAAAAGGGAAGAUGGGCAGAUUGCCGCGCAGCUGGAGGCGAAGGGCCCUGACGAGGUUGAUCUGGGCUCCAAGGCGGACAGUGAAGGGGAUGCUGAGAGGAAGAGUUGGGAGGCUGGGUCAAAGCGACCAGCUGCCGUGAGUGUUGACGAGGUGGGGAUUGGAACAGAGUCAGGGCCAAGCAGGACGGUGAACCAGAGGGCGCAGGCGAAAAGGAAAGUUGAAGUCAAACAGAAGGAUGGUCAGGCACCCACAAGACGGUCAUCGUCCAAGUGUGCUGCUGAACUACAGGGAUCGAAGCCUAACGCCCUGAAAGAUGGCAGAGGGAAAGACACGCAGGCUGCGGGAACGAAGCAGCGUGCCCAAGAGGGUGAGAAAGCUCACCCGGCCCCCUUGGAUCCCGAUGCCAACGAGUUCGAGGUCGAGGCACUGUUGAACACCAGGAAAAGGCGGCUGCGGAGCGGGGUUCGUGUGAAGGAAUACCUUGUGCGUUGGAAGGGCUUUGGUCCAGAGUACAACACAUGGGAGCCAGCCAGCAACCUCACACAAGGUGUGGAUGAACUCCUGCAGGAAUUGGAGAGAGAGAGGGGAACCCAGGUGUCCAGUGCAAAGAAACAAAAAAGGAUGUAA